GGCUACUGUUUGGACAAAAAGUUCUGCAUUCUCCUUUCCGAAGAGCUCGAUUUAGCGAAGAGCUCAAGUUAUCGGCGAAAAUUUUCAGUAAGAAAAAGAGAAUUGGAACUUGAAUUUUGGAGCAGUAAUGGAUCCUGAAACAGCCCUAGAGCUUGUGAAGCACAGUGCGACGGUUCUCCUCCUUGACGUUCCUCAGUACACCAUUAUUGGAAUUGAUACUCAGAUAUUAUCUGUAGGACCUCAUUUCAAGGGUAUAAAGAUGAUUCCUCCAGGACCUCAUUUCCUUUAUUACAGCUCAUCUAGCAGUGAUAACAGAGAGUUCUCACCAAUUACUGGUUUUUUUUUGAAUCCUGGUUCCGCUGAGGUCAUUGUUCGGAAGUGGGACAAGGGGGAGGAACGACUAGUUAAAGUAUUGGAAGAUGAGGACUUGAUAACGGGAACGACGAUUGGCAAUGCUGAUGGCUUUGAAGGGCUCUACUACUUCARAGGACCAAGUCUAAGAAAUAAACAAGUUCUCCAGGACGUGCGAUAUGGGGAAGCAGUUAGACGAUUGGAGUUUGAUAAACAGCUUGGUCCUUAUAAUCUGAGCCAAUAUGGAGAAUGGAAGCGAAUAUCUAACUACAUCAACAGUAGCACAAUUAAACKGUUAGAACCCAUUGGAGGGGACAUUACUGUGGCAUGUGAACCUGGGAUUUCUCAAAGCACCCAAAAAUCAACAAUGGAGAAAGUUCUGGAUGAUCAGUUAAAGGCUAGUAAGUUUGCAGCACCUGUUGAUACAUCCCAGAGGAGAGGAUGUUAUUACACAGAAAUUCCCCGUGUUAUCAAACAAAGAGGAGUUCAUGGGCAAGAACUUACUUAUUUGAAUCUUGAUAAGACUUCACUACUAGAAAAGUUACUGGAAAAAGAUUUUGGAGGUUCAGAGGACCUACUUCUUGGGGAGCUACAGUUUGCAUUCGUUGCAUUUGUGAUGGGGCAAUCACUUGAAGGAUUCCUACAGUGGAAAUCAUUAAUUAGCCUGUUUUUUGAAUGCACUGAGGCUCCUUUUCGUACAAGGAGUCAACUAUUCACAAAGUUCAUUAAGGUCAUCUAUCAUCAAUUGAAGUACGGAUUAGAGAAAGACAAUUCCAAUAGCACUAGUACUGAGGCAGGAUCAUCAACAAUUUUAGAUGAAUCAUGGUUUUCUGCUGAUAGUUUCUUAUAUCAUCUAUGYAAGGAUUUCUUUUCGUUGGUGCAAGAGGCUCCAGUUGUUGAUGGCGAUCUUCUGACAUGGACGAGGAAACUCAGGGAACUGUUUGAGAAUAGGCUGGGCUGGAAAUUCCAGAAGAACAUUGCAACUGAUGGAAUAUACUUUGAUGAAGAUGAUGAGUUUGCUCCUGUGGUUGAAAUGCUGGAUGAUUCCGAGUUGCACGGGCAAAGCCAGAAAUUUGGCUGCAGCAUGGGAGAGGAUCAUGUGGUGGGCUGCAAGGUAUGGCUCGGUUCCCGAGUUACCCUCGGUGCAGUUCCCGUAUUCCUUCGAACAUCUUGAAGGAGGGUUUAUGCCAUUGUCGAACCCGAGAGCGGCUAUGACUCUAGGCUCAUUGAAUGUCAUCCAGUUCUUCACUCUAUCUC